AUGGAAACAAACGACAAGGAAGAAGAACAGGCUCCAGAAGAAAUAGACAAAGCACCACCUUUUGGUAGCAUAGAAUGGAUAUAUUAUUGGAGUGAAUUUGAAGGUAGCUUACCAACUCCAAUCGAUGUCUCCAUCACGGGGUCUUUGAAAUAUUGGUGCCCUGAUCUUGAGUGGUACAAUUUUGAUGUAUAUCCCCAUAAAGUUAAGAUUACAAAUACUGGAUAUACAGUACUGCUUGGCGCAAAAUGGCGAGCUGAGAGACCUUAUUUACUUGGAGGACCUUUUUCAGAGAAGCAUGUGUUUUCCCAAGUACAUUUUCAUUGGGGAUCUAAUAUGAUGGAAGGAAGUGAACAUACAGUUGAUAAAAGAAUUUAUCCGGCAGAAAUGCAGGUGACUUUCUUUAAGUCAGAAUAUAUGACUCAACAAGAUGCUCUACGCCAUCCCGACGGAGUUGUAAUCAUCUGUUAUCUUAUAAAGUAUGGUGUUAAUUCGGAUGAACGACUGCAAUGGGUUGUGGAGGGUUUCACGAGGAUACAAGAAGCUCAAACAAGCACACGUAUUGGUCCGUAUCCUUUGUCGCGUCUCUUUCCAAUGUUCUUUGAGGAUUAUUUUCUCUACUGGGGAAGUUUAAAUACAGUGAAAGGGGAAAAUUUUACUGUGAGGUGGUUAGUUCCACGAGCUACACUGUAUGCAUCAUUUGAACAGAUGAAAGAAUUUCGAAAGCUUUGGAAUCCUUGGGAUGAGCCAAAUUUACGCAAUUUCAGACCACUACAAGAGCGACACGAUCGUCACAUAUUUUUUAUCAGCCCACAUUGGAGUCAGUACAAUUCUUUGUUGCCAAUACCCAGAGUCCCAGAACCUUCUAUUGCUAUUUUGUCACCAGCGUAUAAGACACGACCUUGGUUAUUGCCUCCUCAAAACGCUGAUUUGCUUCCACAAGAAAAUGAAAAUGGAGAAGAUAAAAUUAUUUAAAAAAAAUUAAAAAAUUUUUGCUGCUUAUUUUUUACAAGAAAUAUUAUGACAAGAAUUUUUCGAAGAUUUCUCCUAGGUACGAAAUGUUUUAGUUAAGUGUGAUUCACGAAAGCUGAACCAUAAUUAAUUUUUUAGUUAGGUCUCUCAAACUUUUUGAUUCA